AUGCGUGGCCAGCUUGUCCUGCAGAAGACGUACAGGCCGCACACGCAAAGCGAUCGCAAGCGCUACGUUGAGGAAGUCAAACUGGAGGCUCCGAUCAUGUUCUAUGUGACCAACCCAGAGACCUGCGGUAUCUCUCUUCGAGACGCUAUCAACAGCAGAUUCAUGAGCCUGAAGGACAGAGACGAUCCGGUUCUCGUGGAUAGAGGCCCCUCUGUAUCCAUCCGAAUCAACUGGCCUGGCUACGUGCCCUGGAGCAAGCAAAUCCCCACGAGAGACUUCCGUAGUCCUCCUCAGCCCAUAACACGUGCCAAGCUGGCUAAGGGUGUAGCCAGGGUCGUCCAACGUUUCAUCGACGACAUGCAAACACGUAACAUGGAGGAGGAUGCAGAGCCGGCCUGGCGGGUCGGGGCUCAUGGCAUCACUCUGGAUGACCUAGACCUCGUCGGUCUUCAACAUGUCUCUAUGGGCAGCUGGCAAGCUCACCUGUGCCUGCGCCCUCGCACGCAUGGUGCACAUUCUCUGCAAUAA